AUGUCUACCGAUAGCGAUCACUCGGCGAAGCAAAAGUCGACAGCUGAGGCAAGUCCCUCACUCCAACAGUCACGUGCAAGUAUCCAGUCAGCAAAUGGGGCAGCGAAUCAAGACGCGUAUGCGGCGAAGGAGCAUCGGUCCAUGGGCUACCCCGCAUUUUCAAGCUUGUUAUCCUCAGACAAUGAUGCCUUUGUGGCGCGAAGGUUUGGAUCGUUGCACGUCCGAACCAUUCUGUUCGUCCAGGAUGAAAUUACUCAACUCGAAGACCGCCUGGCCAAGAUCGACAAGGAGGUUGCCGAAGCACAGCAAGAAGAGUACUUGUGCCACAAUGGUAGUUUCCGGGGGGACAAGAUGUGGCAUCGCGAACGCUAUGAAAUUAUGCAACAUCUUCCGACAUUACUUGAGAAGUACGAUAGGCUAGUUACAAGCUACUCCGACAUGCAGAAGCGUCCCAAGGCUUUGAAAAGAACGGUCAAGUAUAUUGACAGGUGGUUCGACCGGUAUCCGCAGGCGAUAACGGUGCACGAGAGGGGCUUCCUCGAACAAGACAGGCAAAAUGAUCUGAUAGCAACGGCAGACCGUUUGAAAGCCCCUCUCCGGCGAAUCCUUGAGAAAACUCCACUUUUCUACCGCCUCGAACCGUUCCACUCCAAGGACGCGAGAGUCACCGAGUAUAGCCGCAAAUACCAGGACCAAGGUGUUAUCUACUACGAUGACGACUUGGUAGACAAGGCCAUCACGAUCAUCAUUCUGCUCUUGGGGCUCAUCAUGCUGUUAGUUCCUGCAUGGCUACUCAAGGGAAUCGACUCGCACACAGUCCGCCUGGCGCUGAUUACCGGCUUCAUUGCUCUCUUCGUGGGGCUCUUGCUUCUCACCACACCGACCAAACCAUUUGAGACGAUGAUUGGCACAGCUGCGUACGGUGCCUUGCUCAUGGUCUUCAUGCAGAUCGACAAAUGA